GAGAACUACGCCUCCCGGCAUUCCCGGCGGCCACGACCGGGGCGGAGCUGUUGGCCGAGGGGGCCGGCUGGAAGCGGAUGACGUCAGAGCGCGAGCGGAGCGUCGGCCUAUCCGGAGCGAGGCGGAAAGUCAAGCCGGAGGUUGGCGGGAAAAGCGAAGCCGCGUCGUCCGGGGCUGAUGGGCGUUGUAGUCCAGGCGAUGGCGCCGCUGAGGAUCCGCUGCGUCGUCUCCUUCUCCUCGCAAGACCCCAAAUACCCCGUGGAGAACCUCUUGCUGGAAGAAAGAGCUCAGCCCUGGCUCUGCUGCCCCUUGGACCGCAGCCGGCAGAUGAGAGCCGAGUUGCAGCUGGAGCAGGCUGGCUGCAUUGGCUACAUCGACGUAGGGAACUCGGGCUCUGCCUUCCUGCAGAUCGAGGUGGGCCGGUCCUCGUGGCCUCCGGAUCGGGACUACCUCACCCUGCUCCCAACCACCACCUUGAUGGUGCCAGCGGAUGCCAAGCAGGACAGGAACCGUUCCGGGGUCCGGAUGUUUAAGGAAGGGGACUUGCUGGCACCUGCGCUGGCAGAGAAGUGGGACCGGGUGAGGCUCACCUGCAGCCAGCCCUUCAACAGGCACGCCCAGUUUGGCCUGGCCUUCCUCCACAUCCGCACCCCAGAGGAUUCAGAGGAGCGCCAGGGGGGUCCCGCGGCCCCCUCCCCGGGCCAGGCUUCUCCGGAGUCGGCCUCCAAGCCAGGGGUCUUCGGGGGGCCCCUUUCCCCAGCAGGGCCGUCAUGUGGCACCCAGGAGGAGAGGCUGCUCAAGCGCCAGCUGCAGCAGCUGGACUCGGCCCUCCUUGGCAAGACCCUGAGCCCUUCGGGUUUGAGUCGCCCAGCCCGGCUGGUCCUGAAGGCAGCAGCCUCUGCCCACAAGCGAGCCCCUCUCCUGCCCGCCGGGUCUCCACCGCCGCCUGCUGCACGGAGCAAAGAGGCUGGGCGGGCCCCCAGGGCAGCCCAAAGCCCCGGGGCCCCAAGUGAGUGGGCCCACAGAGGAUCAACCCGCCAGCAGCAGCCGCUUGAAAACAAAGAGGAGAUCGCAGGGCGGCUCCAGGAGCCGUCCAACUGGAAGGAAAUAGUCAACAAGAAGCUGAAGUUUCCCGAGGGUCUCCUGGCUGCCAUCCAAGAUGGGCAGCUGGUUAAGAUCCAGCAGAUGCUGCACGUCAGCGACGGGAUCUUGCGGCAGCUGGACGAAAGCGAGGACCGGGCCUGGCGCGAGGCGCUCAACUUGGCCAUCCGCACAGGGGGGGUGGAGAUCACCAAGACCCUCUUGCGCUUCGUGAAGUUCGACUUCCGGCAGGUCCACGAGGCCCUCCUGGUGGCCGUGGACACCAACCAGCCCAGCGUGGUCAAGCAGCUCCUGGACCGGCUGGACCAAGAGAAAGGCAUGAAGAUGGACAUCAAGUCCUUCUCCAUGGCCUUCUUCGACAACUCCAUCGACAACUCCCGUUUCGCCCCCGGGGUGACCCCGCUCACCUUGGCUUGCGAGAAGGACCUCUACGAGAUCGUGGACAUGCUGAUGAAGAAGGGCCACACCAUUUCCCCGCCGCACAAGGUCUCCUGUGCCUGCCUGGAUUGCUCCAACGGGCGGAAGUUUGACCUGCUCAAGUUCUCGCUCUCCCGCAUCAACACCUACAAGGGCAUCGCCAGCCGGGCCUACCUCUCCAUCGCCAGCGAGGACCCCAUGCUGACCGCCUUCAAACGCAGCCGGGAGCUCAAGUGGCUCUCCAAGAAGGAACCGGAGUUCAAGCCAGAUUACCUGGCGCUGGAGGACCUGUGCCAGGAGUUUGCCUUUGAGCUCCUGGGCAUGUGCCGCAACCAGAGCGAGGUGACGGCCGUCCUGAACGAGCUGGGGGAAGACGAGAUGGACGAGGAGGACGACGGGAUGGACGACCAGGCCUUCGAGGAGGGCAUCCCCAACUUGGCCAGGCUCCGACUGGCCGUCAACUACAACCAGAAACGGUUCGUGGCUCAUCCCGUCUGCCAGCAAGUCCUGUCGUCCAUCUGGUGUGGGAGCCUGCCCAGCUGGCGGGGCAGCAAAAGCCUCUGGAAGGUCUUCGUCUCCUUCUCCAUCUUCCUGGGGAUGCCGUUCCUGUCCCUGACCUAUUUCUUCGCCCCCAAAUCCAAGCUCGGCAAAAUGCUGAAAAUCCCGGUGAUCAAAUUCCUGCUGCAUUCGGCCUCCUACGUCUGGUUCUUGGUCUUCCUGCUGGUGGAGUCCCUGAUCCUGGAGCACCACCAGGACACCUUCCAGGGGCGCAACCAGAGCAUGUGGGAGACGUCCCUCCACAUGAUCUGGGUGACAGGCUUCUUCUGGUUUGAGUGCAAGGAGGUCUGGAUCGAGGGGCUGCGCAGCUACCUGCUGGACUGGUGGAACUUCCUGGACAUCGUCAUCCUCAGCAUGUACUUGGCUUCCUUUGUGCUCAGGCUGCUGGUCUACCUCAAAGGGCAGGUUUUCUGCCUGGACAUCCAGCCUUCCACUCCGGAGUGCUACUAUUACACCCAAGCUAAGCGGCCGGAUUGGCACACUGAAGACCCCCAGUUCAUGGCCGAGGUGCUCUUUGCUGUCACCAGCAUGCUGAGCUUCACGCGCCUGGCCUACAUCCUCCCGGCCCACGAGACCCUGGGGACGCUCCAGAUUUCCAUUGGGAAGAUGAUUGACGACAUGAUUCGAUUCAUGUUCAUCAUGAUGAUCAUCCUGACCGCUUUCCUCUGUGGCAUGAACAACAUCUAUGUCCAUUAUCCGUCAUCGGAGCGUCUGGGAAGCUUCAACAAGACCUUCCAGUUCCUCUUCUGGACGAUGAUGGGGAUGGAGGAACACAACGUGGUGGACAUGCCCGAGUUCUUCGUGGCUGAGAUGGUGGGCCAGGUGCUCUACGGGAUCUUCACCAUCGUCAUGGUGGUCGUCCUUCUCAACAUGCUCAUUGCCAUGAUCACCAACUCUUUCCAGAAGAUCGAGAACGACGCCGACGUAGAGUGGAAAUUUGCACGCUCCAAGCUCUACCUGUCCUUCUUCAGGGAAGGUUUAACGUUGCCGGUUCCCUUCAACAUCAUCCCGACGCCCAAGUCCAUCUUCUACGCCAUCCGAGGCUCCUUUCGCUUCAUUUGCUGCCACAAAGGAAAGAAGAGCCAGAAAUAUCCCCCGAUCAACACCAUUAGCAACCCCUCGGUGGAAGAGGGGGGCGGCCGGACGGAAACCCGCCUGUCUUAUCGGCGCCAGGUGCUGAAGGCUCUGGUGCAGCGCUACAUCGACACGGCCAGGAGGGAGCUGGAGGAGAGCCGGAGGAAAGAUCUGGGGAACCGCCUGACCGAGUUGAACAAGUCGGUGGUGCGUCUCCACGCGGAGAUGAAGCACCUCCGGCAGUCGGUGGCCACCGGUGGGGUGGCCUCCAACCCCCUGGACGGGGCCAGCGUGCUGCGCAAGUACAUCAUGAAGGUGCGCAACAGCUUCCAGAACUACGAGCCCGACAUGGGGGGCGACGGCCAGGGCUCCCCCGUGGAGGUGGUGGUGCACCAGGACAUUCCCCUCGUCAUGGAGGGGGCGCUGCCGUUGCUCCGGGAGGAGAAGGAGGGCCAGGCGGGGGGCCAGGCAGAGGAGGCCGAAACGGGGGCCGGGGUGGAGGAAGAAGUGGGGGGCGAGGCAGAGGAGGAGGUGGUGGACAUGUUGGGGGCCGAGGAGGAGGAGGAGGCCGAGCCGGUCAUUCCUGACUACGAGGCUCAGGAGGAGACCGAAGACCAGGUAGCUCAGCCAGCAGAAUCCUGA